GCGACUUCCAUCGUGGUGGCUUCGAUGUAAAGGGGAUCAUACAAGGGCAGUCCCAUGGGGGGCGUGGCCGUUGCGCUUCAGAUGGGGAUCGGGACUGGAGGUAAAUCCACCCGACGGGAUAUGCGUAGCUGCUCCGGGAUCAGUCAGUUUCAGUUCCGUGAGUUGAUCGGGAAGAAGCCCAACCAUGUUUGUGGGAAGAUGUACUCCGUGUUCGGCGAGAUAUUCCAUUUCGGCACACAUGCGGAGAAUCUUUUGACGGCCGUUAUGGAUUUUGGCUAUUUCGAUUGUGAGGGAUGUAAUGGGGAUGCUGGCAGAACAUUCGUACAGAAAAAGAUCGUCAUCGUCCUUUUUUACAUUUUAGAUUUAUUAAGCCAACCCGCUGGAUCAUUGUUCGGAGUGUCGCCAUUAACGAAAGUUUUAUCGGAAUCCAAUGGAAAGGUCAUUUCAACCACCGAGCGACCAAGCUUGCCUCAUCUCCCUGUGCCCACGCCUUCGCUACCGGUAUUUCCGCCUGAAAGUGUGCUUGGAUCCGACAUCGGCGAGGCGCAUUUGCUAUCUGUCGCACACGAUGAUCAGAUGCCGUUGCCCAUGUCCACAGUGCCGCCGCCUCGAUUGACCGCAAGUAGUAUCGGUAUUAUUCUUACGACCGGCAAACCAUCGGUGACCAAACCAUCACUUUCUCACACGGAACUACUGGAACAUUACGGUCUCAAUCCUGCUGCCAAUGUCUUGAGCAUAUAUAUGGCUAACUUUUUAUCCUCCUUAAAUAAGGAUCAACUAGUCUCCUUUAUGCAGCUUUUUUUCUAUCAACAACAAGCUGCUGUUAUGGGACUCAGUGACAUCUCCAAAUUGAAUGGGUUUGGUUCAGCCAUCGAAUCGGCCCGCAGUGUUCCAAAUCUGAAAGGGAAUAUGGAUGGAUUCCAGAAAACCGGCCUUGCACAAAUUUUUGGAACUAUGUCGCAACAGUUUAUAGCUGCUGCACCAGAAAACAGGCAACUAUUGCUGAGAGAUUUCAGCCAACAAAUCCAAAAUCUUAAAUUAUCGGAUGAUCUCAAACUAACGCUACGGACAGUACUGCACAACCAAAUACGCUCUAUGGGAAUGCCUAAUAAUUCAGCACGUGAGCAUCCUGCACAGGCGAACUGAUAAUAAGCGGCUACCACCACCGAAGCGAGCCCAAAAACUGUACCCUACUAUGAGAGAUUCAGUGAUACUGUGCGCAGCCACAAACUGAAAACUUUAUUUAUAUAUAAUGUUUCGCAGUUGUAGCUAACUAACUGAAGUUGUUAAUUAUCGAAAAGUUAUGAAGAUGCAUAAUUAUUGUGAGCGAUACUUCCUUACGAUUGUUAGUAACCGAGCAAGCUUGUGCCCUGCGACGGCAAAGAAGUUUACUAAACCCGAUUAGAA